AUGGCCUCAGGACAAACUAUUCGAAUUGGCUACGUGCCCGAACACUACCUAGCCCCCCUUCACCUCGCCUUCCGCAAUCCUUCUGUCUCUUCCCUCCCUUUUAAGAUUGCCCUCACUCCAUUCCCUUCCGGAACGGGGCACAUGAUUACCUCGCUGCGGUCUGGCGAAAUUGACGUUGCAAUCGGCCUAACAGAAGGAUGGAUCGCUGGGUUGGCGGGCAAGCAAGCGCCCCUAGAUGAGAAAGAGCGCGGGUACAAGCUCGUAGGUCAAUGGGUUGAUACCCCGCUGCGGUGGGCGAUCGUUACGGGACGAAACAGGGACGAGUUGACUGGUGUUGAAGAGUUGGAAGGGAGUAGGGUUGGGGUUAGUCGGUUAGGAAGCGGCUCACAUAUAAUGUCAUUCGUUCUUGCGCAACAGCGCGGCUGGAAACCAACCUCCCUCACGCCGGUGGUAACUGGCCCUUUCGGCGCCCUCCGCGACGGUGUGACGGGCAACAACCUGGAGGCCAAGAAGCCCACCUCCGAAUUCUUCAUGUGGGAGCACUUCACCACCAAGCCCUAUUUUCACUCACCGGAGUCACCACUCAAGAAAAUCGGCGAGAUCUUCACGCCCUGGCCAUCGUGGAUGGUCGUGGCUUCGACUUCAGUAUUUCCUACACCCGAGACAGACGAGAGGCUGAAACAGCUAUUUGGCUUGCUGGAUGAGGGUAUCAAGGAGUUCAGGAGCGAGCUGGGCAGGGUUAUAGGUUUGCUGGGCACGGGGGAGCUGGGAUGCACGUAUGGAGAGGAAGAUGCGGGCGAGUGGAUCAAGGAUGUGAGGUUCGUGGAGGGGGUCAGGGGGGUUGACGAGAGUGUUGUGAAGGGAGUUGUGGAUGUGCUGAAGGUUGCGGGAGUGAUUGACGAGGGGUUGGAGGAUGGCGAGGCUUUGAAGAGGGUGGUCGGGAUCCGAAGGUGA